GGAUGCGGCGUGCGGCGGCUCGGACAGCUGGCUGGACGUGCUGACGGCCGUGGACAUGACGGCGCCGGCCACCCACCGCAGCGUCGCCCUUUUCAUGACUGUGCUGGCCGCCCGACACUGCAUCUACAUGGACGACGUGAUCCAGUUCGGCGCCCACUGCCUCCUCACAGGCAGCAAGGGCGACCGCGAGCGCGAGCCGGGCGCGCGGCUCGUGCUGCGGCUGCUCGGCCACCUGUGGAUCCCGUCCGAGCAGCCGCAGCCCACCUGGUACGACACCGGCUCGAGCACGUCCGUCCCCUCUGCUGGCCAGCCGUGCAGUCUCAAGUACAGCUGUGAUCGCCACCUCCUGCUGGCAGCGCAGGACAACAUUCCUGUGCAGGCUCUGCUCUGCGCCCUCAAGACCAUCAUCAUCCUGGCGGACGCCACGAUUGGCGACGGCGUCGGGAGGACGGAGAGCAAGACGGGCGGCGGCGAACUCAGCAUCAGCGCCAUCCUGGGCACCUCUGACCAUCACGGCGAGCCAAACGAGCACGGGCGGUCCGGACCGGGCCUGAGCAAGGCUGGCCUCUCCGAGUUCGCGCGCCACAUGCUGAAGCAGAUCUGCAGCCAGUCGUGGGUGCGCGAGAAGUUCCUCAGCUCGCCAGAGGAGAUCGUCUCCAUGGAGAAGGCCAACUCACCCGAUGAGGUUGAUGUCGACCUGCUGGAUCGCGAGAUGUCGCCCAAGCAGGCGCGCCGGCUCUUCCACAUGAUCGUCCACCCGGACAACUACACGUUCUUCGUGGACGACACGCCCGGGGAGCGGCAAGUUUGCGGCCGCAUCCUGGAGACGCUCGACCAGUGGACGAUGCGCGUGGCCCUGCUCGACUUGCGCCUGCUUUACCGCCAGACGGCCAAACAGGCGGCAGACAAGCACGCCCAGUGGCUGCAAACGCUGGCGCGCGCCGUCAUCGAGGCGUUCCAGCUGGGCGGCGGCGAGGCGCAUCGGCCGCACGCCAGCCUCGGUUCGGACGAGCGGCCGUCGUUCGUGUGGCUGGUGCCGCCGCUGGUGGCCAAGCUGCCGGCCGAGGCGCAGGCGCGUAUCCUGCAGGCCGCCAUCCAGCCCUUCAAGCAGCUGGUGCUCAGCUGUGUGCGCGGACACGAGGAGCAGCGUGACGAGCUGGUCAGCUCGCUCCAGGUCCAGUUCCAGCAGUUCCUCUCCAGGGAUGGCAAGGACAAGGAGACGGUGUUCCCGGACGAGAACAAGACCGGACCGCACGUGUACAGUGCGCUCCAGCUGCGCUUCAGUCUGCUGGGCGGCGUGUUCGACGCCAUCCAGCGCGGCAGCCUCAGCUGCACCGACACCUGGGUUGUGCUGCUGGCCCAGCUGGUCACCAACGGCGUCGUCACGCUCUACAACAACAGCGACAUGCAUCACGGUGAUCGGCUUGAUCUGUUGGGGAUAUGA